GAAUCACCAACACAUGGAAUGCUCAUGCCCUGAUUUUCAAAGGUACUGAGUACCUGCAAGUGCCAUCCCAAUCAAGAAGUGCUUUCCUUGCCCAUCUGCUCUGAAAAUCAAGCCAAUGUUCUUUCUUUUUCAUUUCCAUUUGGGGCUCAACAGACUGAGAAUCCUCUCUUGACUAUCUGAAUAUGCAGUGCUCAACCCCAGACCCUGGUGUACUAAAGAUCAAAGCCACAAAAGAAAAUUAUGUUUGUCCUCACUUUUUACUGUGUUUCUGCAUCUUCCUUGGCAGAGCGCAAAACUUCCCCAGAGAAGCCACUCACGCUAGCAAGUUAAAAUGUGGCGGUCAUCCAGGCAGGCGGCAGAGUGUUGUGAACUUAAAGCUGUGGUAACUUUAGCAAGUGUGACAUUCAUUGGGCAGAAUAUGAGCUCCUGUUGCAAAACACACACACACAUUUUUCCCCAUAUCCAAGAGAAAGGAAAAGGCAGGGAGACUCUAUAUUUCAGCAGCUAUGAACCAACAGGCUGGGAAAUUCUACAACUAUGUGGUACCACCUCUCCUGUUCUCCUUGCUGCUGCUUGUGUUAUUCAUGGAGAUGCAACCAUCACCUCUCCUGCUACAGCACACACUACAGAGCAGCCUCCAAUGGUGACUAUCCCUGAGCCAUGGCUUCCAUUUGUGGCUCAGACUCCAGCCAAAGAAAAAGCCAAAGAGGGAGAGACCGUGGUCCUAAAUUGCCAGUUUCACAGUCCAAGGGGUCCUUCCCUGGCCAAGCUGAUGGUGAAAUGGUACAAAGAGGAUGAAAAGGGAUCCAGGGACUUGCUGGAGAACAAUGUGACCAUCUUGGCUAAUUACUCCAGGGCUUUCAUGAGUGGGGAUUUAACCCAAGGGGAUGCUUCCCUGACUAUCCUCAAUGUGACAGCAAGUGAUCAUGGCAUUUAUUUCUGCCAGGUGAUGCUUUCCAGUGGGAAGGUGUUGACAGGGACUGGCACAAAACUCAGGAUCAGGAGAGCACUAGGAUUAUUUGGUAUAGAAGAAUCCAUUGGAACAAUCAUUGGGGUGGUGGCAGCUGGUAUCGGAGGUUUGGUGGUUCUGAUUAUCAUUUUAACUCCUCAGCUAAGAAAGUGUUUCCUGUGCAUAGAACAAGGACCUCAUCAAGCAUAGUUUGAACUGCAUGGUUCCAGAAGACACCAGAAGAUCCAGAGACUAAAUCAUUUCUUGCAUGUAGUAACUUGCCACACUGUAAACCAAAAUGAGGUCUCCAUAUUCUCUAAUAAAAAUGUUUGCUUCAGUA